AUGAAGGGACUUUUGGCAAAAGAAAGAGAUUCUAGAAGGCGAAUUUCAGAGGAAAAAGAGAUCUGGAAGUGGUUUUCAACACCAAAGAAGAGGAAGAUCAUAAUUUGCUUUAUAAAUUUGGAGUUCUUGACCAGAGGCUCUACCACACCUUUGGUGCCACCGAUUAAAGAUCCAGAAGCUGCACUUCACAAAAAGACUGAUAAGAAGACGCCAUUGCAAGAACUAAAUUCAGCAUUUUCAAGGAGGUCGGGAAAAAAGACAGGAGACUCAAGUUCAUCCUUAAAGAACAAGAGCAAGCUUGAACACUUGGAUCAAAUACCCGUCCAAACCGAAUCCGAAUACGAUACUGAGCCUAAAUUUGAAGAACAUACGAGCGAACCCGAGAACGAGCCAAGGAACGAGAUGGCAGACAUUGAAGAGAUGUCUAUGGGCGCUUACAAGAAGCAGAUCCGAGAAGAUGUGGGUCCCGUCAUUGCUUACAAGAGUCCACCUUCUUGGGUAAGCGAGGAAGACGAGAUGACAAGUGAUGAAGAAGAGGUUACUUCAAAGGUGACAAAGCCGGUAGUGAAAGAGGAGAACGAUGCUAUGGAGUGCAGGGAGGAAACUAAAGGGACCAAACACAAGCUUGAUGAAGAAGAGGUCAAAGCUAAAAAGGAAAAUUCGAAAAAGGCGUACAAAAGACGAGUUCAAGCUUACAAGAGGCGUUUCAAGGAACAAAAGUAUGGGGUAUCUGGAAACAAUGAGGGUGGUAAAAAAAAUUAUGGGACACAUUGGGGAAUUCUUCGAGAUGAUGAUGAUGAGGAGGAGGAGGAGGAGGAACCGGCCGACCAACCCGAACCACAACCACAGCCGAGGCGCAGGAACAUGAGAGGACGGGGAGAACGCAGGCAGCCAAUGCAUCCACCCGCAUCCACGGUGGGACCACCCUUUGGGAGUAACAUGGCUGGUUAUUUUGACCAGUUAUCUUUGAGUGUCAAUUGGAUUGGAGGUACUAUGAAGAACAUUGUCCGACACCUUGGAGUGGAGCAGCCACCUCAUUUGGGGUAUCAUUACCCGAUUUGCCCGAGAUGGACGGAGUAUGGCGGACGUGGAGGUGAUGGAGCGGGCACGAGCGGAGCGAACGAUGAGGAGGAGGAUGAUUGA